GCCCCUUUGUCCUGUCCCGGGCACAGCUCGGUGCCCACGCUCUGCCCACCUUUGCCCAGGGCGGGUCGUGCCGCGGCUCCCGGUGCCCCCAUGGCGUCGUUCCGCAUCCGGCAGUACCAGGAUCAGGACUUUGAGGCCGUGCGGGCGCUGUUUGCCCGCGGCAUCCUGGAACACGCCCCGGCCGGCUUCCGGCACAUUCUGCGGGCGGGGCGGGUGCGCCUGGCACUGCUGGCCGUGUUCGUGGCGGCGCGGGCGGCCGCGGGCUCCUGGGUGCUGGGGCUGGGCGCGGUGGCGCUGGCGCUGGUGCUGCUCUGGGUGCUGGUGCGCUCGCUCAGCGCCGACUACGUGCGCGAGGCGCUGGGCACCGUGUGCGACGUGCCAGGCACGUACCUGCGCCCGCCCGACUGCCGCUUCUGGGUGGUUGAAGAGGCCGGCACCGUGGCGGCCAUGGUGGCGGCGGUGCCCACGGGCCGCGGCGAGCUGGAGCUCAAGAGGAUGUCGGUGAGCCGGGAGCACCGGGGCCGCGGGCUGGCGCGGGCGCUGUGCCGGGAGGUGCUGGCAUUUGCCCGUGCCCGCGGGUACGGCGCCGUGGUGCUCAGCACCUCCAUGGUGCAGGUGGCGGCACAGCGGCUCUACGAGGGGCAGGGAUUCCGCAAGGUGGGCGCCUCGUACCCCUCACUGCUGGGCACCUUGCUGAACUUCCAGAUCUUUCACUACCGCUGUGACCUGGGCGAUGCCAAUAAGUAGGGCCUGGGUGGCGCUGCCACGGUGGCAUGGCACCCCAAAACUGGCACUGCUCUGGUCCUGGCACGGCACCGUGAGCCCGGGACAUGAGGUGUUGCCACGGCACUGCCGUGGCACCCGAACCCUGGCACUGCCACUGCCCGUGAACCCUGGCACUGCUAUGGCGCCCCAAACCCAGCCCCAGGACACCACCCCAGCACUCCGACCCCAAUCCUGGCACAGCAGCACCAGCACAGCACCUCCAUCCCAGGACACAGAGCACCACCGUGGCACCCAACGUGGCACUGCCUUGGCACCGUGACACCGGGACAUGUGGCACCACCUUGGCACCGUGACACCAGGACGUGUGGCACCACCCUGGCACUCCAGCUCUGGGACUGCACCACAGCACUCCACCCCUGGCACGUGAAGCACCGCCAUGGCACCCCUGAUCCCCACCCCAGCACAGGGGGCACCUCCGUGGCCCUUCCUGGGUUUCCAGCAGCAGGAAAUAAAGAGAGACCUGUGGGAA